AUGGGCUUUAUAUCGUCAAUAUUGUGCUGUUCUUCCCAGACGACACAAUCUACCUCCAAUUCUGCUUAUCGCCAACAACAGUCGAGUUCUCUCAAUAAAAACAGAAGCGUUAAACACUCCAACACGAAAAGUCGAGCACGUGGUGCGCAACAGACAAAUUCUCCACCUUCCAAGACGAAUUCGGCUGCUACUUUCAGCUCCACUGAAAGAUCCACCGGUAAAUCUGGAAUAAGUACGAACGAUAAUGAGAAAAAGAAACCUACGUCGCCGACUGCAGCCACCACUGCCACCGCCACAAAUAAUACGGCGAAAGUAGACAAAAAAGUCAGCAAAGACGAUCUAUAUGAGGAAAAAUACGAGAUUGACGAGGAUGAAGAACUAGAUGAUGAAGAUAACCAUCGCGGCCGUGGCACUGUACGGGAAAAGGGAGCCGUUAUGAAGGAAGUUCCCAAGCAUCAACAACAACAACAACAACAACAACAGCAGCAGCAGCAGCAGCAAGGAACUAUCGUGCGAGUAUCGUCUGACCACCUUAUUCAAGAUAUGAACUUGAGUAGGGUAAGCAGUAGCCCUCAAGCCAGUGAGACCUCCAACGAUGCCGAUGGAGAUGCUGAUGAUGAAGAUGACGACGAAGAAGAAGAAUAUAUAGACCUGACGCUUUUGCAACCGGACCAAUAUCACGCCCCAGGUUACACCACCCUGCUCCCCCCUCAAGGUGAAAGUACAAAGGGCAAGAAAUGCUUAAUACUGGAUCUCGAUGAAACUUUAGUGCACUCCUCUUUCAAAUAUUUGCGAUCUGCAGAUUUCGUCUUACCCGUGGAAAUAGAUGACCAAGUCCAUAACGUCUACGUUAUCAAAAGACCGGGCGUGGAAGAAUUCUUGGAGAGAGUCGGGAAACUGUUCGAAGUCGUGGUCUUUACAGCCAGUGUCUCUCGGUACGGUGACCCGCUGCUCGACAUACUAGACACGAAUAAAGUCAUUCACCACCGGUUGUUCAGAGAGGCUUGCUAUAACUAUGAAGGCAAUUAUAUAAAGAACUUAUCUCAAAUCGGAAGACCGCUAUCAGAUAUCAUCAUUCUCGAUAACUCUCCAGCGUCUUACAUCUUUCACCCUCAACACGCAAUACCAAUUUCGUCCUGGUUCUCAGAUACUCAUGAUAACGAAUUAUUAGAUAUUAUUCCUCUCUUAGAAGACCUUUCUGUGAAAACAUCACUAGAUGUGGGCAAAAUUUUGGAUGUAACAAUAUAG